AUGAGCGCUAAGAUAAGCCCUUCUCCACCGCUCUAUACGAAAGUACUAGUUUAUUGUGCUUUACAGGCUGCGUUUGUGUCAUUUUUAUUUGCAUAUUACGAUGUAGAGGCGGGACGAUUAAUUCGGCCUGUCUUCGACUGGCUCAUUGAAAAAGUUGAAGAAGUACCAGUAGCGAAAAGUGCCAUUGAUACGGUAAAGUCUGUUGUGAGUGUGAAUGAACCAACUGAAAACGAGGACGUUCAGCGUCCACGAAAGAAAAUCUCAAAGCCGAAAGAAGCAAUAAAUGAGAAGAAGCUGGAUUUGGGUGACGAUGUCAGUUAUCUUCCUGUUUUUUCCAGAGAGCAAUUGGCGUUGUUCGAUGGUUCGCGGCCAUCGAAAGAUGUUUAUUUGGCCCUUUUGGGACGUGUGUACAACGUUCAACGAGGUCAUAAACAUUACGCGCCAGGAGGAGGGUAUCAUUUCUUUGCAGGUAAAGACGCAACACGCGCUUUUGUAACGGGCGAUUUCAGUGAUGAAGGCUUAACGGACGAUGUUUCGGGGCUGUCACAUCAAGAUAUACUUGGCAUUAAAGAGUGGAGUAAUUUUUAUGAGAAGGAGUAUGAACUGAUUGGUUUGCUGCAAGGAACAUAUUACGACAGUCAUGGUCAAGCAACACAACGAUUGAGGGAGGUGUUGGGAAUGAUGGAGGAUGCAAAGUUGUGGAAGGCUGCUCAAACCAAGGAAAGUGAAGUGUUUCCACCGUGUAACUCUGAAUGGCAUAAAGACUCUGGAGGUAGAGUUUGGUGUACGAGCAAAAGUGGUGGUAUUCACCGAGAAUGGGUUGGUGUUCCGCGGAAAUUAUUCAAUCCUGGUGCGAAAACAUCACGAUGUGCAUGUGUGAAAAAUUUUGGACCGCCAUUGUCAGUGUAUCCGGACAGAGAUGAGGAAGGUACUCGUGGUGAUUUGAGCAAUCCGAAUCUGCACGAAUAUCCUGGAUGCAGUCCUACGUCGAACUCAUGCAAAUUGCAAGAAGAUUAA